UCUGCAAGUCUCUCUCUCUCUCUCUCUCUCUCUCGAAAAACUCUUUUCUGCAAAUCAAUUAUUUCUCUCUAGAAACCCAUUUCUUCUGUAAUUCACUUCUCUCUACAAAAAUGGCUAAAGGAUUAACAAAGCUGAAGUCAGUGAUGAAGAAAUGGCAAUCAUUUGGCAAAAGAUCAUCAAAUGGAAGUUCAAUAGCACAUAAUUCAUCACUAUCAUCAUCCAUAUCUUCAUCAUCAUCCGAUGAUCAACAUCAAAUGUAUAUGGCUCAAGGAGAAGGUGAUCUUCACCCAGUUUACGUUGGAAAAUCAAGACGCCGUUAUCUUAUUAGUUCUGACAUUAUUGAGAAUCCGUUAGUUAAAGAGCUGGUGGACCGUUCAAGUGGGUCAGAUUCUGUUACAGUUGGUUGUGAAGUGGUUUUGUUUGAGCAUUUGCUGUGGAUGCUGCAAAAUGCUGACCCUCAGCCUGAAUCUCUGGAUGAAUUAGUUGAUUUCUACGCUUGUUGAUCAUGAUCAGUGGUGAGUGAUUCAUGAAGAUGAGUUCCUGUGUAUCCCUGUCAUGCACAUUAUAAAAAAAAAGUUUGUAAAUUUUUUUUUUUGAGGUUUAAUUAAUUUUAAUAAGAAAGAUGAUUGUAGGAAAAUGUAGAGAGAUUAAGAUUAGAAUGAGGACUUAAUUAAAGUUUAAUUAAUCCAAUAUUCAUAAUCUUGGUUUAGUUAAAAGGGGCAUUAUGGGGUUUUGGUACUAAUGUUAAAUCCUUGUUUUGUCAAAUUAAUAUAUAUCAAAAUCAUUUAUUUUCUUGUUUUGUAUUA